AUGGCCUCUUCAUCCGGUGGCGCUGCCGCGACUGCCGCUGCGGCUGCCGCUAGGCCGGGCGCCCAGCUGGCCCAAACGCCCGACGGUCUCACACUUGGCGAGGAUUUUCCGUACGUGUGCGAGGUCUGCCUCGGUCCCAACCCGUACGUGCGGAUGCUCAAGAUGCCAAACUCGCGCGAGUGUAAGAUCUCGGGCCGGCCGUACACCGCCUUCCGCUGGAAGCCCGGCUCCGAGGCGCGCUACAAGGAGACCAUCGUCGCGGCCGAGGUCUGCCUCAUGGACAUGGAGUACAACCUGCCUGUGGCGGUCCGCGACCAGCUGACCGGCGCAGGCAAGGGCGGCGAGCGGGGCGUGGGAGGCGAGUGGCUAGUCGCUGCAGCUAGCGUCCAGAUGCCCGGCUCCGACGUCAACAAGGAGUUUUACUGGGAGAACCAGCGCCAGUCUCUCGCGGCGGGCACGCUGCAGGGCUACCAGGAGCUCAACGCGGGCGGGGGAGCCGCGUCGGUGGGUGCCAACUUCGAGAAGCUGGCCGCUCUCUCGCGCAACAACUCGCACACGCCCUACUAUGACCGCAACCUGCCGAAGCUCUGCUCCUUUUGGGCGCGCCAGACUUGCAACCGCGUCGCGAACGGCUCGUGCCCGUACCGCCCCUGCUGCGGCGUGUUUCGCUUCCCCGAGCUGGCGUCCACCCAGCCCGAGCUGCUCUCGACGCUGGUGCGGAAGCUGCAUGCGGAGGGGGCGCUCGGCUGCAUGCGCGACACGUCGGACGAGAUGGAGGAGAUCCGCGAGGCUCUGCGCGAUUCGCAGCGCGGCUCGAGGAACGAGGCGAUCCGCAACCGCUACCACGGUACCGAGGGCGACAAGCUGGCGGCAAAGUACCUCGAUAAGGCGCAGAGCAUGGCGGCGCUCACUCCGCCCGAGGACCAGGGCGUCGUCGCGCUCUGGGUUGGCGGCCUCACCGCCGACAUCACGCAGCAGGACCUGCGCGACGCCUUCUACGCAUACGGCGAGAUUGCGGCGGUGCGGAUGAAGCCGGAGCGGCGCUGCGCGCUGAUCGAGUACACGCUGCGCAAGUCGGCAGAGGAGGCGGCGACGGCGCUGCACCGCCGGCUGGCGAUCAAGGGGGCGAGGCUGAAGCUCUGGUGGGCAAAGUCGCAGCAGGCGGCCGACAACGCCGACGCGCGGAAGUACGUGAGCCAGGCCUACGGUGCGCCGGUGCCCCCGCCGGGCGAGGUUGCCGCCUUUGGAGCGGCCGGCGGCGCGUCGCUGUACCCGUCGAUGAACCCGAGUGCGAUGGGCGCGCGGCCCGACGCCAGGUGAUGGCGAUGUGGUGGCGGUGGCGAGGGUGAUGCGCCGCCGCCGAGGGCGAUGCGCGGCGCGGCCGAACACUCUGUGCGCCGCAGAGAGCGGAGAGCGCAGAGGAGGUUGAGAGGCGGGCGCCGCAUACGCGAACACACAGUCGUGCGAGAGGAGACGUUUUGGGAUCUUGGAGCACUUGACAGUAAAAU